AUGAAGAUGGUCAUCACGCUGAGCCUGCUCCUUCCCUCCCCAGACUCCCAUGAGGCCGUGCUGCGGUUCAACGCUGCCCCGACGGGGGGGUACGAGAACGACGUGGGCAACAAGACCACCAUCCGCAUCAUCAACUCCCAGAUACUGGCCAACCCCAAGCAUCGUUUCAACACCAGCUCCCUGUACAAAGGGGUCAUCCUGGUCGCCUGGGAUCCAGCACCGUACACCUCUGACCUGCUGAAGGCAGGAAUCCUCCUGAUGAUGACCCUGUGCAAGGAGGUGCACGUGUACGAGUACAUCCCCUCGCUGCGGCAGACGGACCUGUGCCACUACCACGAGCAGUACUACGAUGCGGCCUGCACGCUGGGGGCCUACCACCCGCUGCUGUACGAGAAGAUGCUGAUCCAGCGCAUGAACACGGGCUCCGAGCAGGACCUCAAGAGGAAGGGCAAGGUCACGCUCCCUGGGUUCAGCACCGUCAGGUGCGACCCCUGACCCCCCUGACCCCUGACCCCUCCCUCCGCAUCAGGGGGGUCCCCUCGCCAAAACCGAGUCCGGAAAAUCGACGCAAUAACCCGUGACGGACGGGUCAAUCUCCACGGGUGAUCCGCCCUGGCCUGGGGUCACAUGAUUUGUCCAGGCCCGGUCGAUCGUAGAAUAGCGAUAGCGAUCGUAAGUUCGCCCGUGAGAUUGAGCCUGGGCCAGCCGGGAACAAGCCACCCUUUUUAUAAAAUAAAAAAAAUAAUCACAUUGAACCGGGGGGGGGGGGGGGGGGGGGGAAAUCAACUGGUCCCCCAGUACAGGGAAAGGGAAUUGAGGUCGUCUUUCUCUGCAUUUGCUGAGCCCGAAUUAAAAGUAAUAGCUGAAAAACGGAGCUUCGUACUGGCCAACAUAGCAAUAGAGAAAACCCUCUUGGGGCAGUAACUCGGAUAUGUGGAUGUGCUUUACUGUGGCAAGCUCUGUUCCCCUGUGGAUGGAAGGAUCUGUGUUAUUUAAUAUUUUAUAUUCACUGCAAGUCUGCCGGGGAGGUUGGAAGUGCAUUGGAAGUGCGUUGUGGCUUCCUGCUGAAUGUCACAGAGACUUCCGCAGCAGUACAAGCCCGGACAACGGGCAACGAUUUGACUCGUAUUAAACCAUCAGACGCUGUAGGCGUCGGGUGGCUGGGUGUAAAUGUUUGAAUACGGUGAAUUUCAUGUUUUGUCAACAGAAGGAUGCUACUGUAAGGUCUUUUUUUUUUUAAAAGCUGAUGUUAAUGUACAUAUGUAAUCUUACACCUGUCAGUUUCAAAUACUUUAUCUUCGUCUCAUAACACCUCCCUGCCAACAUAUCGCUAUAUCAGUCACGAUAUAGUUUCUUCCACACUGCUCUUUCAGGCCCAACACAGACCUGCAGCAGUGCUGCUUCUCCUCGCAAUAUGACAGUACUUUUUGUUGUGUUGUUGUAAAGCGUAGAGCCCAAAGGCCUGGUAGCAUGCGCUGCCAGAGUUCAGUCCCGGUUUUUGCCACGCCAUGUCGCGACAGGGGGCCGUGUCACGAUUAGCAGGCGGCUUCCACAGCUCCGAGCCUCGCGAUUGGCCCUCGCGCUGCACUGGCCUCCGUCCGCGUGUGCCUGGCGUGUGCGUGUGCCUGGCAUGUGCGUAGCGUGUGCCUGGCGUGUGCGUUGCGCGUGCCUGGCGUGCGCCUGCCGUGAGCGAGGCGGAAUUUAAAGGGGCUGUUAGUCCCCUGGGGCAGCCAGCUGACCAGGCUGCUGAAUGUCCCGCACUGUAUUAUUUCUGCAAAAAGCUCCCCGUGUCUUUCCCCAGAGAGAACGUCCCACGGUGUGCAGCGUUCCGUCUUCAAAGCACGUGUUAGCUUUACAUCAUGAAUGAUUUCAAAAUGUCAGGCGCGCGUGUCUGAUGCUCUGCUGGGUCCAGGCGAUGAUGUGUGCACUUGAAGACUACAGCACAAGGUGCACAAAGCCUUUGAGAGCCCCCCGGUUGUCUUGUCGGACGCAGAGAGGAAACUUCCGGGUCGGUGUCGCAGAAGUAAGUUACAUGCUUCGUGGUUUGGAACGCUGUGCAUAGCUGGUCGCCAGAGUUCCGCUGGGAUCCGUAAAGUUUGCGUCCCGUUGAGGUGAGUGUGAGGUGAGGUAGCCCUUCACGAAUUUCAGAAGCAGAUUCCUAAAAUUCGGCAUGGCACUCGGCAGUAACGGAGAGGGUGUGGCAUUUAUGUACAUAUUAUUAACACACGCCUCGAUACAGUGCAAUGAAGCCAAAAGUUCCUGACCUGUGCGAGUGUGAGGAGGUGUUAUGGUGGUGAUUUGUUGAUUUUUUUCAAUUUUUAUUUCUUCCAAUAUUCCAACUUGUUCUUUUCGACUUCCUAUAAGUGUGUGCUGCUUGCCUUGAAUUACGGUGGGGGUGGGGUGGGGGGAGGGGGGGGGUCAAGGCUUUGGAGGCCCAGGGUAAACGGGUACAGCUGUCCCCAUUGUCCCCAUGACUUGCUGAUUUGAUCCAAUCGAACGGUUUUACUUUGGGCAGUGAAGGGCUCUGAUUGGUUCAGGAGUUGAGUUCAUGAAGCAUCACACCCCUGUGUUUUUUGUUUUUACAUGCCAAGGUUUUGUUGAGAGGAGUGCACCUUUAUAAAUGCUGUUGCUUUAAAGCUUAGGUCAAAGGUGAUGUUUGUUUUUGGGUGGGGGUGGGGUGGGGGGGUUUGUCCUGACCAUGUUUCAUUUCAUUUUUUUCUUUUUCUUUUUUAUAUAUCUGGCACCAAGGUGCCUUUUCACGUGGCCAUAGUGUGCACUACGCCCUGCAAUGGAAAGUACAUGGCGUCGUGGAAGGUGCUUCAACUGUAAAGUGACUUUUUGGCUGUUUAAAAAAAAUAAAUAAAAAACCUGCUGAACUGUGGCAAGAGGUCACCACGCCUCCACCCCCAGGAGAGGGGCUGCUUAAAUAGACCUGUUGUGUUGGAACUGCUGGAACUCCUCUGAAGAAUCCCCUAAAUCCUGCGUGGGACACAUUUUUAAGGAGUUACCCACAUGCUCCGACAUCCUGCCCCAUCGCGGAUCUUUAUUCUCUAUGGUCCUGGAGCAUUUCAAUGUGUUGGAAUCUUUUUCUGUCUAGCCCUUAUGAUGUCAUUUGUGGUGGUGUUCCGUUUUUGAUGAUGUAACAAUGAAGGAGGAACCCACAGAGAGUGGGGCUGUUCCAGGAUGCGGGUUAUGGUUAUAGUGAGGCCCUGGGGUCAGUGCUGUCUGGUGUUAUUCAAGAUGAGAUGAUUGAGUGUUAUAUUUAUGUGGUAAUGAAUCUCAAAGCUGAGAGAUGCAGUCAUCAAAGGAAUGUUACCUUUUCUCAAACGGAGAUACCUCCACAAAUAUGUUAAGUGUUGAAUGUCUGUUUUUAUACACAUAUAGGCAGGUGUACACACGUGUACACUGUAUGUGUGUGUGUGAGAGAGAGAAAGAGAGAGAGAGGUAUUAAUUUAAAAAGAACUCACUUAUUUGAGAGCAUGCCUUUGGGGGACAGAUUCAAUGUGAAUUUUUGUCAAGAUGUGGUCAACAUAAAUUUGGUGGUUCAAGUAAUUACUCUUUGUAACGUGUGCGUAUAUGUCAGUGGUCUCCAACCCUGGUCCUGGAGAGCUACAGGGUCUGCUGGUUUUUGUUUUCACCUUAAAAUCAGCACCCAAUUGAGACCCAAGACACCAGGUGAGUUGAGUUAACUGUGUAAUCAACUGCUCCAAUUGAUUCAUGUGGUGCAGAGUCACUAUGAAAACCAGCAGACCCUGUAGCUCUCCAGGACCAGGGUUGGAGACCACCGGUAUAUGUAUAGGUGGGGCCCGGAGAAAUAAUUGUGCGCAAGUACACAAUACGAGCUAAGUAUGAGGGUGGCAUCAGUGCAAAACAGCGAAAUGCCUGUUAACGUUAAGUGUAGAGGAAUUAAUAUAUGUACGUACGAAGACGGGCGGGAAAACGAUAUUCUCAUGGUACACUGCACACAUCUGGAUUUCAUCUAUUUUGGACACCUUGCUACUUAUCUUCAGACCACAGGAUCAGAUUUCAGCCUACCGGCGCACGAGGAAGGAGUCUGAUUUAUCCGGCUCUGCUCUUCUGGCGGCUCGGGGGGUAAAGAUCACAAUCGAGCAGCCCCUGAAGACGGGAAGCACAGUGAGUCUGAGCCCACAGGCACGGGGGGGGGGGGCGGGGCAGCUGCGAGACAUCAUCGGGGGAAGAGGAGGCGGGGCUUAAACGAUGCUGUAUCAGAGGCGUCGGUCGGCGCGGAUGCCCUCAUUGAGAGAGCGCGUCGCCCAAAAUGCACACGGGGCGUGCGGCGAACACGGUAAAAAACCCUGUUAGAAACGGGACGGCGGGAAGCUGAAGGUCUGAGGGGCAGGACACUCAGGACCCUCCCAUACUGAGCCCUGCUGAAGCAGAGGACGAAGCUGGUGUUCUGCUGGGGAGAUCCAUUCGGAACACAGCAGGUUCACUCAGGGGGGGGGUUGUGGAGGUGGAAAUGGGCGUCGUUACUGUACACCCGAGGAAGCCGUUGGAAACCGCCAUUAAUGGUCUGGAGAAAUUGCUCCAUCUCAUGGUGAGAGUCUGAUUGAGCUCGUCCAAGUGGUUUGAGUCUUCGGGGCGGAAUUCGUAAAACCUUCGACUGACUCGUGCUGCCGGUAAAUGGAUUUCGAACGUCGUCACGUGCUCAAGUGGAACCGCGCGCCAUUAAUUUAAAAACAUCCAUCAAAGUAAUUCAAUAGCUCACUGGAUAUUACAGCCCGCAUCUAAUUGAAAUAGAAAAGAACGUUGUUUUGCAGCCUGGAUGUGGAUACUUUACGAACAGGGAAUUACCAAUGGAUUCAUUAUCAAAUGCAACGGAAAAAAUUUAUAUUUCUCAGUUUAACGGAAGCCAAAUCGCUGCUUGUCUGUUACAAAUUCUGAUAUCUGAUGCUAUGUUGUGUAUCUUGUGGGUAGUUUUCACACACAGUUAAUCCAUGAGAAAAGAGGAUGUAAGCCGGCUGACGCAAAAUUCAGAGCAUUGGAGAACUGAAAUGAGCAUAAAAUGUAUUAUUAUUUCCAAUUAUUUCUUUGGGCCUUGCAUGUACAGCACGCACAACUACAAAAAAGGAAGUGUUAAGAGAAUAUAGUCAUGUAAUCCUAUGUUCAAUCAAAAUUGUCUUUAAAUUUGUCUUUAAAGAAAGCACAAGCAUUAUACCUUUUUUUUUUAGUUGAAUGAAGCAACUGUCUGUGAAGAAAUUAAUUGUUAGUCAAAGUUAAAGGAGAGCACUGGUCAUUUAAAUUUUUUCAGUAGAAACAACAUAUCCUGUGAAAAUACCAAAAACCAAAAAUGUUUCUGCCCAGCUUUCAGUACUUUUAGACCUUUUCCUAUCCCAUUUAGCAUUCAACCAGGAAAGCCAUUAAUUUCAGUUUUGCGCUGAAGUCAUCAAAUACAGCUGAGAGAGGCAUAAUUUUCAUUUUAAGAAAAUCUUUCAGUGAAAAGUACACGGGCCAGGUUCUUUGCAAUGGUAAAUUAUGCUGAUCAAAGAUACAGUAUGUCUCUUAAUUGUUCAUAGGCUAAACUCAUCGAGAGUUGGACAGAAACAUUAUCGGUUUUGGUCAUUUCAUCGGAUGGGUUGAUGAUACUGGGGGAAAAAAUGGAAAUGACAGUUAUCCUUUAAGGACAAGUGUUUAUUGAGUCCCAGUACAGCACAAAUUGAUGGGCUUUUUCCUCGUGCACAUAGGCUGUAAGUAAGAGCAGGGCUUCCCGUUUGCCCUGUCUGUCAGUAUUGAUGCCAUGUGUUUAUUUUCUACCAUUUAUGUGACUUUAAAAAAAAAACUUUAAAAAAAAAAAACUUUCCAGCCACUGUGUAAAUAAAGUGUCAGUUAAUUAAUUAGUUGGCAUUAUGUCAGGUAAUUGGAACACAAUGCAACGAUUUGUUUGGAAGCAUUUAAAUACAAUAUAAUGCCUUUUGCUAUUAUGGUAGAAUUCUGAUACUGUGCCAAAUAAAUAUCUUUGGAAGUAGUACUGUAGUCAUUUAGUAUUGGUCACUGGAGACCAAUUAUUCUGGAAAUGUUAUAAAAACACAGUCUGCCAGACAGAUGUCUUCUUACUGAAAAACUAGUUGAUACACUUUUGCUUGAUGCAUAGAAUAAUGCAUCAUUUAGUGAGGUUCAUUACUUGAUUUAAUUUUUUUUUUUUUUUUUGGGUAUUCAUAUGUAAUAUGAAAUGACUGCACUGCAGAGACAGCUUUUGAAAUGUUAUAUUCAGUCAGUUUUACUAUUUCUCAGCACACGUUUGUACAGCCUUAACUACAGGUAGGCAUAAAAAUGAGUAAAUGUAAUAUCGUUAGUAAGUGAAUCAAAUUUCAACUGCCCCCGGGCAUUUAAAAUAUUUUGAUUUGUUUUUACCGUUUGAUCCUUUUUUGAGGAGAUUAAAAUGGGUUUGUACUGAUCAUUACCGUUUGUAUACAAUUUACAGGUUUUCGUUGUUUAAUUAUUGUUUUCUACUCUGUAAAUAAAAAUACUGUACAUGA